UCUUUAUUUCCGGUUAAGAUCACCCAUCACGUGACACGUGACCUCACCGACAAAACUUUUCUCAAGGUUGAAACGUUUCUUCGGUUUGAAUGGAUUCUUAAUUCUUUCGGGGUUUCGAUACGUAUUUUCCAUACCUUACCGAAGCAGAUUGCUUGCCUUAGCCUUUGGUCUUCUAAAAGUACUUUUUCGUUGUACAUUUUGUAGGAUUAAGUUACGUAAUUAUCACAUUACAUCCAUGAGAUUCGCCAGCCACAUUGCGUGUUGAAGGCGGCAAUAUCGUUACACAAUCCAGUUUUAUACCAGAAAAACGACCAGGAAUUGCUCCAUAAAGACUCAAAGAGCGGAGYAAGCRGUCAAAGAAGAAUGACGAGCAACGUGAACAUGACUGAAGCCGAAGCACUUUUACACAAUGGUCGAAAGCCGGUCGUUUAUAGCGGGCUACUCUCUGCUCCAGUUCAAGAUGCAUCAAGAUCUCUCGCUGCGUCUGAGUAUUUAGUAAGAAGAUCCAAGGAGGGCUUCAACCAACCAGGAAUACCGAUAUUCAGGGCAAUUUUUAUUGUCAUGAAUGGUGCUAUGGGUGCUGGAAUAUUAAACUUYCCACAAGCUUUCGCCAAAGCUGGCGGAGUAACRCACGGAAUGAUCAUACAAAUGUUCAUGCUCGUUUUCAUCAUUGGUGCCUUCGUAAUCCUAGCUUAUUGYGCWGACAAAUGUGGAGCACAAAACUUCCARCAAAUCAUCCGAGGCAGUCUUGGCCCWAAGCAUUACGUUAUUGCAGAAAUCUUGGUAUUGACCUACAUGAUUGGGACUGCUGUGGCUUACAUGGUACUCAUUGCUGACCAACUUGAGAAAGUUGGAGAGGCAGUAGCUUCCGGGGACCAUUGGUACGUCAAGAGGAACUUUUUACAAAGCGUUGUAGCUGUAUKCUUUCUUUURCCAUUAUGCCUGCCAAAAAAYAUGGGAAUUCUAAGCUAUACAAGUACAGUUGGUGGCGUUGGUGUUGUGUAUAUCUGCUUCGUGGCAGCKUAUAAGUAUUUUGUCGGGACAUACAAUGCCAGAAGAAUUGUACCUCAYGUGGAGAARGAUAUUAAAGAUUAUUUGACUGUUAUUCCAACUAUUUGCUUUGGUUAUCAAGUUCACGUUCAAGCUGUUUCAGUUUAUGCAGAGCUAAAGCGACCCACCCUCCCCCGCUUUGCAAUUGUUUGUACUCUGGCAAUGUUGUUCUGUUGCACAGCUUACUCAUUUACCGCGUGUUUUGGUUACCUCACGUUUGGACAAAAGUUGGAUGGCGAUUUCUUAAAGAACUACGAUAAAAGUGACAUUCCAGCUAACGUUGCUAGGAUUGUAUUGGCCCUUGUGGUCCUUUCAUCCUAUGCAACAUGUGCCUUCUGCGGCCGGUCAUCUAUUGAAGGUUUAUGGAUGAUGGCCUGGAGGAUGUCGAUAGGCGAGGGACAACGUCGUGCCAGACUUAGAAGAAUAAUCAUCACCACUAGCUGGGUUACAGUUUCUCUUCUGUGUUCUAUUUUUAUACCUGAUGUUGAUAAUGUCAUCGCUGUAGUUGGAGGAAUCGCAGCAUUGUUCAUCUUAUUUUAUCCAGGAAUUUGUCUUGUAAUGGAGUUGAUCAAAGAUGCCUAUCCAUCAACYAUUCAUUGGGUUUUAAUUGCUCUCGGUAUGGUGUAUGUUGGUAUGGGAGUAUUCCUGUUUGGUGAAUCUGAAGUGCUAGCUAUACAGCAGGAUUUGACACGGCAGAAUCUUUACUAGAGAACUUUCCGCACGAAUUCAUACAURAAACAAUURUGUCAUAUCAAAUGGAGGUCUUUCAAGGGCCGAAGUGUCUGCAGAAAUAGAAAUUCAUUUAGUAUUUUGUGUCAUUAAUAUGACAACACAAGGACAGUCACAUCUGGAUUCAAGGGAAGAAGUGUUCCUCAUACCAGAAUGAGCUACAGUUAUUUCACAAUGUGCCAUUAAUGUGAUAGGACAAGAACAUUUACUUCUGCAUUCAAGAGAAAAAGUUUCUCUCAUACCAGAAAGAGCUACAACAGUAGUGUGUGUUACGGAUGUGGCACUCCAAGGACAUUUGAAUCACAUUGAACCCAGCUUAAACAUGGCUGCCACAAUAAGUCUGAGAGACACUAAUCAAUAUAAAAAACAAUUUUCCAACAAUUAUUAUAUAAAUUUCUACAAAUUAUUUUUCAAAGUAAGCGAACAAAAUGGACAACAUUGAUCAAAUACUUUAUUAACAAUUUCUAUAAUCAUUUUCAGUUGAAAUAUAUCAAUGAAGGCUAAAGAACUAAUUCUUACAUGUAGUAUUCCUUAAUCCAUGGGUAUAUUUAUAUGCAACUCUCUUUGAUAUAAUGAUUUAGGUAAGACUAAAUUUACUCAUUCAAAAACUGCAUUUGAAAAUGUAAAAGUACAUCUUAUUCAAUGGCAAAACAGUAUUUAAUUUUUUUCUAAUUUUGGACAACUUGGGGAGAACUUUGGCAAAAAAAAAGAAUUAUCAAAAAUAUUGAAUCUAUUUGAUUUUGUGAAAAAAAAUGGGCUACAAAGGGAUACAAAUAAUUUUCAGUAAUUAACAUUUAUUUAUAAAUUGAAUUAUGGUCGAGUGCUGGCACUUAAAAAGGUUAUCGUGAACCAUUUGAAACCUGCUGUUUGAUGACUUUGUUAGUACAGAAUCUCCAUUGUUAGGUUAGGUUUUCUUUUAUAGUUUUGAAGAGCAACUAUUGUUUGUCCGUUGUUUUCUAAACCAAUCAUGAAAUUUGCUUUGAGCGGUUCAUGACAAUCCACUUAAUUAACAAGCAUGUAAUGUAUAAAGAAGUGUUUGACUAUUUUUUCAUUAGUAAUUAUGUGUUACAUGUAGUAGUAAGUGAUACUUGUAAUGCCAGCUGAAUGAAUUCAUUGGCCAUUCCGAAAUUGAAUAGAGUGAUCGCACUUAAUCCGUGCAACUGUACAAACUAAAUAGUUCUAUUUAGUUGUAUUUAGUAAAUCGUGCAUGCGAUACGCAAAUUAAAUUGAAUUGAUACAAAUGAAGCAUUCAAUAUCGUCUUGCUUCAGGUCCACUUUUGGUACAAAUUAAGACUACUUAGAUUUUGUACAGUUGCAGGCUUUAAGUGCGAUCACUCUACGGGACUAGUGUCUAGUCACAAACUUGAUGCAGUUUUAAAACCAUACAUUCUCUCUUUUUUUUUCCACAUUUAAAAAAUUUCUUACUCAGCAAAUAAAUAAUAAACCAGGCUCAAACUUAAACAUAGCCAUAGCACUUAUUGUAGUAUGAUUUUUCAUGUGGUUGCUAGAGACAAACAUUAAAACUGUGCAACAUAAAUACCAGUAAAUACUGCUAAAUUAUGCUAAUUCUAUUGUUUUGUAUUGUUUAAUUAGCACUAUUUUAUAGUAAAUUGUGCAAAGUGUUGCACGCUUUUAGUGUUUGUACUCUAAGUGGACUAUUUUCAAUUUAGCUAUUCCCAUUCUCCUCUUCAAUUUCCAAUAGGCCAAUUCUAACAGAAACUCCUUUAGAGAUUGAAACUUUUAGCACAAUUCGAUGCAAUGAAAUAUUCAGAUUGAUCAGCAUAAUUUUGUUACCAUAUUUGGUGACUGCAUUGGAAUUAAAAAUAUUAAAAUUUUCUCUAUUUUUAGGGGAUAUUUCUGCAUUGUAUGCAUAUURUAAGUGGCUUUUGUUAAUUUGUUUGUAGUAUUUUGAAUGCUUCAASAUUUKUGCAAGAAAAGGUUUUCAGAAUASAAAUCGAAUAUUUCCACGCAUGGAACACGAUAAAUGUACAAUGGUUACAAGUUUCAAUUCAUUGUGAGUUUCUGAUUAUAAUAACGAUUUUUACGUUUAUCACUCUUCAUUGUGCGCUUGUAUAGUAGAUUGUGUUGUGAUUUAAAAAUAAAGUUUUGUAUUGAUUAAAAUAUGAAAUAAAAGCAAAA